GUUGUCACUCGUGCAGCCACGACGACGCGCUUUGAUCGACCUUCACUGCGGAAGCGUGCUCCAAGCUCGCCGGCUGUCGGAAAUUGAUUGGCUCCCCUUGCCCGGGGUGCCCGCCCCCUCCCCCGGACUCCUCCCGCCGAGCUCAAAUCCCGGGAGCCUCCCCGGCGCGUUCGGAAGCAUGCUGGCCUGCGCUCGCUUGUCCGCGCUGGGACUCCUGCUGGCGCUCUGCCGAGGCCGCGGGGAGGACGGCGGCGACUCGUGCGACAACUUCACCGACCUGGACCUGUCUCACUGCUUCCUGGGCACCAGCCUGUACGUGCGCCUGCUGCUGUACACCCGCGCCAACCCGGCGUGCGGACGCGAGCUGCACCACCGGCGCUUCCCGUCCGAGCCGCUCUUCAACCUGUCCCGGCCCACCGCCUUCGUCGUCCACGGCUACCGGCCCACCGGAGCCCCGCCGGUGUGGAUCGACCGGCUGGUGCGGCUGCUGGCCGAGGGGCGGGACCUCAACGUGGUGGUGGUGGACUGGAACCGCGGGGCCGCCAACCUCAACUACCUCGCCGCCGUGGCCUACACCAGGGAGGCGGCCCACAACCUGACGGCCUUCAUCAGGGCCAUGCAGGACGAAGGCGCCUCGCUGGGCUCCGUGCACCUCAUCGGCGUCAGUCUGGGGGCGCACCUCGCCGGCUUUGUGGGCGCCAACCUGAAGGGAAAGAUCGGACGCAUCACAGGUUUGGACCCCGCCGGGCCUCUCUUCACCAGCGCCACGCCGGACGAGAGGCUGGACCCGUCGGACGCCAUCUUCGUGGACGUGCUCCACACCGACAUGGAUUCGUUUGGCCUGCGGGGGGCUCACGGUCACAUCGACUUCUACGCCAAUGGGGGGGCCGACCAGCCCGGCUGCCCCAAAACCAUAUUUGCCGGAAAGUCUUACUUCGUGUGCGACCACCAGCGUUCCAUGUUGCUGUACUUGUGCGCGCUCAACCGCACUUGCAGCCUGACGGCGUACCCGUGCGCGUCCUACGCCGACUUCCUGGACGGGCGCUGCCUGCAGUGCGAGGCCUUCAAGCCGGCUUCCUGCCCGCAGCUCGGCUAUGACAUCAUCCAGUGGCGGGAAAGUCUCUUGCGGCUGGGACAGACCAAAGUUUUCUUCAGUACGACGGCCUCGCAGCCCUACAAGAAGCUGAACUACAAGGUGGACAUGGUGACGUGGAACCAGUACCUCCGGUGGGGGGUGGUCUACAUCCGCCUGCACAGCGGCAGGAACGUCACUGAAGUCCGCGUGGACCACAAGCUUCUGCGCUUCGAGCAGUUCACGUCGACGCGUCUUCUGGCCCAGUUCGACGAGGACCUGCCGCACGUGCACAAGAUCUCGCUGCGCAUCAACACGGGCAACGUGAUCGGGCCUCGCUACAAGAUCAGAGUGCUGCAAAUACGCCUGACGCCGCUCGAGCGCCCGGAAAGGCCGCCGAUGUGCCGCUUUGACAUCAUCAUGGAGGAGAACACGGAGGUGGCGUUCCGCCCGUUGUCGUGCGACUCUCGCCCCUAACCUAAGGGGCGCGGUGGCCAUCUCGGAGAGGACUGCAACCCAGAUGCACA